CAAAUCCGCCUUCAUCGCAACUCGCGACGAGCCGACGACCCAGCCAUACAAUUCGUCCAUCACUCGCGGUCGCGGAGCGGUUCCAAUUCCAACUGCACACUCGCGGUCCCGGCGACCCACCCGACCGACCCCCGGAGCGGCCGAGGCCUCGCCUCGCUCACCGACAUGUGGGCCCUCAACAACGCCAAGGCCGGCGGACCCUGCCUCACGCCGCGGCACCCUGCGCCGCCCUCCCUCGCGUCGCCGUCGACGGCGGCGGCGGCGGCUGGGCGGAGGUUCUUGAGGCGCAGCCCCGUGUGGGCGCCCCUGGUGGCGGUGCGCGCGUCGGGGGGCACGAGGAAGGACGGUCCCGGCGGUGGCGAGGCCAGCAGCGGCGAGGAAGCCGAUAGCAAGGCGUCGUCUUCCGGGCACGAUGAUGCAUCUACCCCAACUGGGGAUACCUCUGCUGGGUUGAACCAACCCCAUGACGAGACGAAAACAAACAAGCCGAUUAAUGUUUCUAGCAGCAACUACUGGCGAGAUGUCAGGGCAAACCUUGUGCGUCGGGAACAGGAGCUAUUAGUGGAUCCAAGCACUCCCACAGAGUCAAAGCCAUCGUCAGGAGAUCCAUUACAGCUCCCUCAAAAGUGGGCUCAUGCUAUUACAAUGCCAGAGGCAGGAUGUGUUUUGGUUGCUACUGAGGCGCUUGAUGAUGAUAGCAUCUUUGAAAGAACCGUCAUCUUCAUCCUUAGACUUGGUUCAAGAGGUACGUUCGAUGGCCCGUUCGGAGUUAUCCUGAAUCGUCCCCUCUACACAAAGAUCAAGCACGUGAAUCCAACGUUCCAAGACCAGGCAACCCCUUUCGGUGAUUCCCCCCUCUUCUUCGGAGGCCCUGUCGACAUGAGCAUGUUCCUGGUGAGGACCGACGACAGCUCGCGUCUCAAGGGGUUCGAAGAAGUCGUACCGGGCAUCUGCUACGGCUUCCGGACUGACCUUGAGAAGGCCGCCGUUCUGAUGAAAAGUGGUGCGAUCAGGACACAGGACCUGAGGUUCUACGUCGGGCAUGCUGCCUGGGACUACGAGCAGCUGUUGGGUGAGAUCAGGGCAGGAUACUGGGCUGUCGCGUCUUGCAGCACGGAGCUGAUCAGCGAUGCCUUGACGGGCGAUCCUUCUUGCCUCUGGACUGAGAUACUGCAGCUGAUGGGAGGCCAAUACUCUGAGCUCAGCGAGAAACCGAAGCAGGACAGCUCGUAGGCAUUUGCUCAUUUGAGAUGUAAUAAUUUGUUAUAGGCUUAUGGUCAGGUCUGUACAUAAUUGGAAUAGGGUGACUCGCUUGUUACCCCUGCUUCAUGUAGCGACUGUUAUGCGUUGAUUAUACUGAAAUAGGCUCUAUAUAAUGGCUGCCUGCCUAUGGAUUUCAGCAAUUGCUGAAUAUGAAGAUAGCGUUUUUGAUGAAUCACA